GUGCGUGUGCAGAGAAACAGGACAGGAUGAUGCUGUCCGAGCAAGCCCAAAAGUGGUUUCCAACCCACGUGCAGGUCACAGUGCUCCAAGCCAAAGAUCUAAAGCCAAAAGGCAAAAGUGGCACCAAUGACACAUACACUAUAAUUCAGCUGGGCAAGGAAAAGUACUCCACCUCUGUAGCUGAGAAAACCCUUGAGCCAGUCUGGAAGGAGGAGGCCUCUUUUGAGCUACCUGGAUUGCUAAUGCAGGGGAAUCCAGAGAAAUACAUUCUUUUCCUUAUAGUCAUGCACAGGUCCCUGGUGGGUCUGGAUAAAUUUUUAGGGCAGGUGGCAAUCAAUCUCAAUGACAUCUUUGAGGACAAACAAAGAAGGAAAACAGAGUGGUUUAGAUUAGAAUCCAAACAAGGAAAACGAAUCAAAAACAGGGGUGAGAUAAAGGUCAAUAUUCAAUUUAUGAGGAACAAUAUGACUGCAAGUAUGUUUGACUUAUCAAUAAAGGACAAAACCAGAUCUCCUUUUGCAAAGUUAAAAGAUAAGAUGAAAGGCAGAAAAAAUGAUGGAACAUUUUCUGAUACAUCUUCUGCAAUCAUUCCAAGUACUCACAUGCCCGACGCCAAUACUGAAUUUUCAGCUGGUGAAAUACAGAUGAAAUCCAAACCAAAAAAGCCUUUUCUUUUGGGUCCUCAGCGACUCUCAUCAGCGCAUUCAAUGUCUGAUUUAUCUGGGUCCCACAUGUCUUCUGAGAAACUGAAGGCUGGCACCAUAGGUCAAACACAUCUUCUCAGACACCAGUUAGAUUCCUUUGGAGCAGUUCCAGAAAGUGGAAGUCUCAAAUCUCCACACAGAAGAACAUUAAGCUUUGAUACUUCUAAAAUGAACCAACCUGACAGCAUUGUGGAUGAAGGUGAAUUGUGUUUCAGAGGACAAAAUGACCCAUUUACAAAUGUGACUGCUUCAUUACCCCAAAAAUUUGCAACACUGCCAAGGAAGAAAAAUCCAUUUGAAGAAAGCAGUGAAACAUGGGACAGCAGCAUGAGUUUAUUUUCAAAACCAAUUGAAAUAAGAAAAGAAAAUAAAAGAGAGAAAAGGGAGAAAGUUAGCCUGUUUGAAAGAGUUACUGGAAAAAAAGAUAGCAGAAGAUCUGAUAAACUUAACAAUGGGGGAUCUGAUAGCCCUUGUGACUUGAAAUCACCUAAUGCAUUUAGUGAAAAUCGCCAGGACUAUUUUGAUUAUGAGUCAACAAAUCCAUUUACAGCAAAAUUCAGGGCUUCCAAUAUAAUGCCAUCUUCAAGUUUUCAUAUGAAUCCGACAAGCAAUGAAGACCUCAGGAAAAUCCCGGACAGCAACCCCUUUGAUGCCACUGCAGGGUAUCGUAGUCUGACCUAUGAAGAGGUUCUGCAGGAGCUGGUGAAACACAAAGAACUCCUUAGGAGGAAAGACACCCACAUCCGGGAACUCGAGGACUACAUUGACAACCUCCUUGUAAGGGUAAUGGAAGAAACACCCAGUAUUCUCAGAGUGCCAUAUGAACCAUCCAGGAAAGCUGGCAAAUUCUCUGACAGUUAAUAAAGCCAAUUAUAUUGUAUUUAUAAUUGGACAAAGAGAGAGAAGGAAGGAAGGAAGGGAGGGAGGGAGGAAGAGAAGGAAGGAAGGGAGGGAGGGAGGAAGGAAGGGAGGAAGGAAGGGAGGGAGGAAGGAUGGACUUGUUAAUGGAAAGAGACUACACUAUCAUCUUUCAUUACAUAUUCUCCUUCAUUUUGAAAAAUAGUUUUACCUGUAAAUAUUAGCAGGAACUAUCAAGAGUGACCUUAGAAGCAAGCUAAAUAGUUAAAACUUUUAAAGUGAAAAUGGGCCAGAUUCUCAAUGAAUAAGUGGUUCCUUAGGACUCACUCAGGUGCUGGUACUGACCAACUAAUCUGCCAUAGGCCCAGAAAUAUCUUCAGAAGUACAUGAGUUGUUCCUCAGGAAUAGAUUUUUCAUAAAGCAGAAUUGAUACUGUGGCUGGUUUCUCAGAAAUCAAUUUGUGGAAAUAUUUAGCUUCAGGAAUACUGCUCAUUAUAAACACUACUGAAAAAAGUUUAUGUUUUAUAUACACAUAUGUACGUGAAUAUAUAUUCAUGUAUCUUGUAUAUAAAAUAUAGGCAUAUACCUCAUAUAUACAUGUGUUUUUAGAACACUUAGAAGCAACUGAUUGCCUCUAAAGUUAGGCUACCAAUUUCUUAAUUUGAAACUGUGUGUGCUCUCAAUGCAAGACGAGUCAUCGUUCCUACUGUCGUGGUUUGUUAUAGAGAAGCUGCUUCAAAUCACUCUUGACUACAUGGACCUUGGUUUCAAAGUGAGCUGCUAUGUAUCAUUCUAGCAACAAAGCUUUUCUCUUUUCCCAAAAGUAAUGAUCUCAAGUUCUUUUUAAAAGAAUGACAAAUUUUAGGAGAUUUCAUUAACUUCACAACAGCAUGAAUUUCUUUGAAUUAACUAUCUUAACAUUUGAGUUUGUUUAAGGUAUAAGCAGAAUAUAAGCUAAUAUUGUUAGUUUUGUUGAAAUUCUGCAUGCCUUUAAAUCACUAGCAAAGCAAAUAUUAUAAAGUUAUAUCUGAUAAUAAUUGUGGGAAGUAUGUGAUUAUCUGGUGUCUGAUAACCCAAAGCAGUGGGCAGAUUCUAGGAAUGAAGAAUUAGGCUUGGUUUCAGGUUACAUAAAUAAUAGAGCAGAUGGUUGCUUUUGGGUCUUGAACCAAAAUAAGACUUACUAAAGGAAGAGUGAGUUUUUAGAACAGACCUUUACUAGCGUGACAUUAUGCAUUACUCCACAUCCACCCUUUAAGAAUUGAUUUAUUACAAACUUUUUUUAUUUUAAAGCCUGCUUCCCCAAAAUGUUGAUUUCUUCCAUGGAUAAUUUUUAUAUGAUUUGUACAAAAUUCUUCUAAAAUUUAAGUUGAAAAGCAGUGUUAUAAAAAUAUUGCUAAUCUUCUGCUUUUCAGCCUUAAAAGUCUUAAAUACUAUAAAACAUUGAGAGUAUCUGUGUCUUUCUAAAUUUAAAAUGAAAAAUUCAUCUCCAUAUGGAGACUUAUAUAUUCCCCAAUCCUUCCAUGAAUUGCACUUUUUCUAAUACUUAUCUCUGUUAAGACUCCAUUGAAAGUUAAAUAAUAGUUUUGUUUUGUUUUGUUUUGUUUGCUUAUUUUAGUUUUUGGAAUCAGAGAAUACUUGACCAAGCUCAUAUUCAUAAACUAAAACCCCUUGUUAUUUGUAUCUUCUGCAUUUCAGUUUUACUGUAAGAACAUGCAUUUUGAAAUUAUGAAUAUUUUUUUCAUAAAAGUUAAAUGCUUUAAGAAAUGGAAAAGGAAAAAUAGCUUUUACCAAUUUUUUAUUCACUUAAAAUUGUGUCAUAAACCUCAAAAUCUGGUAUAGAAUUAUCUUUCUCAUUUGAGAUCUUGGUAGUUAUUUUUUUUAACAUGGUGCCACUUUUAAUUAGCUAAAUGUUACAAAUUCUCAGCAUUUGUUUUUUCUGGUAGUAUUAUUGAGUCUUUUUCGAAAAUACACUUUUAAAAAUGCCAAAAUCUAUGUUUUUAGUAUUAUGACAUUAUCUGCAGACACUAUAAUAAUAUGCUUUGGCCAAGUUUGCUGUUUAUAGAAGUGAACCAAGAUGUCAGUUUUUUACUGGGGUUAUGUUUUACAUAAAUAGAGCUCAUUUAAAAGUAUGGUUCAAGUACUGCUAUUCUUUGCAAUGAAGACAUUGAUUUUUAAGGAGUGAUUUUUUUUUUUCCUACAUAAAACCUGUUAAGAUUUAGGCUAUUCAUACAUGAGUGAUUUGGUUAUAACUCAAUCAAAAUUUUUAUCUUUAAAUCCGAGACAAGUACUAUAUUUAAAACUGGAUCUGUUAAUACAUUCAUCACUGCCUGAAAAUUUGCUGUUCUAAUGUUUAUGAAUUUUCACUCAUUACCUAGAGUAAACUUACUGCAUAUUUUCAUAAUCAAUCAAAAUAAUAAACUAAAAACAAGUUCCCAAAUAAACAUAUCAGUGUUUUCUGUGUUUGGGCAGAAGUGCAGAGUAGUUUUAGUUUCUAGUAUUGUAGAAAAAGAGGCCAAAAAGGUCACCUUAGCUUAUUUUUCCAAAAUGUAACUUUAAGUAUUUUAACGAUAUAUUUCAUUAGUUGCUUACAAAUGGAAAUAAAAUAUAUGUGCUCAUUAAAUAAUGCACAGCACACUAGAUUAUAGAUAGAGCUUACUUUUCUUUUAUGCGUAAGAGAAUGCAUGCCCCAAAACACUUCUACCACCAAGAAGAUUUUUUUAAAUCACAGAAUUGAUACUUAUCUCAAGCCUACCUUAAGCUAACAUACUUCUGUUACGUAAUUAAACUAUUUCUGCUAUCAUUUUUAAAGCAGUAUUAUUUUAUAACCAGUUCUAAAAUUCAGCUUUAAAAAUACUGAACAUACCUUCCUACCACUGAUGCUUCAAGUUUCAUUUAUUGAAUACCAGGGUCGUAUCUUAGAAUUGUAUAUAACAUAACAUGUAACCCAUUCAUGAAAAAUAUUUAAGUAUUACUUUUUGCUGCUAUGUUCUGCUUUGAGAUUAGUUUUGCCAUCGUCCCAUGAAUGUAGUAUUAUCCAUAGAUUAUACAUAACUACAUCUAUUGCUUUAGGCAGUAAAUCAAGAUUUAGUUGUAGUUUUCCAGCUGUGAAAAUGUUGCCUUGUAUUUAAAAGGGUUUCAUGAGUGGAAACCUAAGUAAAACUAAGCUCAUUAGUGACAGACUUGCUUUCUUCAUGUCACUCCUCCACCAACUCCCCCACCACCACACAUUCCUGCCGACCAUCCCUGUAAGGGUGCUUAUUCUUCUUCAACAAAGAGAAUCUAAAAAAAGCAAAAAUAAAAACUGUUGUCUAAUGUAUCUACAGUAAUCGUUACAGUAGAGCUUUUAUUUUUCUCUGUAGCUUUUCAGAAAAAGUGAUCUACCUUGGAUUUGUAAAUCAAGCUUAAACUUUUUUGAUCUUACAGUCCUCAUACUCAUGUCUUGUAGGUGGUAGGUGUCACUUGUGUGUAUAUGUAAGUAAAGUAUGAUGCAUGCUCAUUCACUUGGUCUCUUUGAAGUAAGGGAAAGGAUCACAGUGCUGCUGAGCCAUGGUGGUAGAUGGAAGGGUCUGUCAGCACACAUGAAAAACCCCCAUUUGCACACAUGUAGAACUUUAAUAAUCCAGAUGCAACCAUUGGAAGUAUUUAAUAUGCAAUUGAUAAUUAAUCUGCAUAUGAAGCAUUUUCUGAUAUAUUUAAUAAGGUGUAGAAGCUCUUCAAGCAUUAAACUAGAGUUGAUAUUUUAUUCCAUUUAUUUUCUCCAUCAAAAAAUGCACUCUCACAGUGGAAUUGAAGUCUAAUAAAUGAUACACAUGGGCCUGUUAAUCUUCGAAGCUUCCAGAUGGUUUGUGUUUUGAGGUACAAAAAAAUGCUGCAGAUCUAGAAAUGCAUAUAUAGCAGAUAUUUGAAAGAUGGAAGCAUUAUUUAUAACUGAAGAGUUUAACACUUACCUUCUUAAGUAAAUGGUUUCAUAACUUGUAUACAUUUUUGCAGGUACAAACUCAGAAGUAUGUAAGCAUUGUAUAAUGUGACAAUUGUAUAAUUUAUGUAAUCUGAUGCAUGGAUCAGAAUUUUUAUAUAAUAUAUGAUUAUUGACUUAUAGUUGAUUAAAGUGUUUAAACUUAAUUCAGUUGUCAACAUUUAUUACAGAUACCACAGAGUUACCAUAAUGGAUUUAUAUAUGAGUCCUCCUUGUCUUUUAAUAAUUAUCUAGGAUGCCUCUUAUGUGGUUUAUUGUAGCACAUAUUCUGUAAGACCUGCAAACUUAUUUUACUAUGAAAAUAGUUCUGAAAAGUCAUUCAAAAGAGUAGUUUUUAAGUAUAAGUGAACAUUCUUCAACAAAUAUGUGGAUGCCCUCUACAUAUAAUACAUCCCUUCGUAGGGAUGGAGCUUGCAAUUUAAUAGAAAUGAUAUUUGAGUAUUAUAUAAAGGCUAAGGUCUAUGUCGAGCACUUUCUAUUUAUGCUUUAUGUCUCACAACAACCCUGUAAGGUAGGGAAUGCACAAGCUUCCAGGGGAAAUGUAAGAAAAGCCUUUGUGGUACUCAAGAAAGUAGAAUAGGGUUGGUAAACCCAAUAGCGUUUCUCAUCACUUCUUAUCCUCCAGCUCGUACCAGAAGUCAUUAAUCAGUCACCACUUCCAGUCCCCUCAACACAGCAGUGUAAGUGCACCUCUCUGCAUCCAAUGUAUGGGUACAUUUUUAUGGCAGUGUAUUAGGUAGUUGUAUUCUAGAUUAUGGGACGUGAAUCAUAUGUAGUCUUAGACAUAAAUCAUACAUAUUUGGCACAACGGAUUUCCCAGCAGGCCGGAAUACCUUUCUGUUCUGGAAUUGUAGUCCCUUCUGCAGGGCCCAUUUAACCUGCCCCUUUAUUUCUCCCAGUAUGUCUUUAGAUUCUUCUUUCUACCUACCCACAGCAUACACGUUUCUUUUUCCUUAGUCUGUGGAGACAAAAAUAUUUGGGGUAAAUAAUUUGGAAGUAGAGAGCUAUUAUGAGUCUGUUAAGGUAGCUAUUUUUUAUGUAGGGCUUGUGACCUAAAUUCCCAAUAUUUGACAUUUUUCCUCAAAUAAUUUUACAUGAUACCACAGCUUCAUACUUUUAUACUUAUAAGCAAUAUUUAAUUCCGUGUUUAUGUACCUAUAAUUACAUGAACUAAAAGUGCUUAAUUUUGAUCUUACAGUCCUUACACUCUGAAAUUUGAUUCUUAAAUGUUCAAUGGUUUCAUCAUUUGUUUGGCAUACUAAAAGCCAAAUUUAUGCUAGGAAGCACAAAAUCAAGUUUCUCUGUCAGGUUUUCAAUUACUGGUGUGUUGUGGUAAAAUGUAAGCUGUACUAUGAUUGGUCACUAACAUCAGUACCAAAGUUUGCAUGUGAUUU